CCCCUGCCCGGGGCUGCCUGCUCGGCUGCCUGCCUGCCAAGCCUGCCUGCUCGCCUGACAUCACGGUUCCAGCUCCGCUCCGGGUUGGAAAGGGGAGAGUCUGCACCUCUCACAGCGCUUUGGUGAAGGAGCAGGAGAUGCUCGGAGCUUCCCCCUCACUGCCCUCCUACCCCUAGCACAGCAGAUCUGGGCUUGGGACAGCUUCACGUCUGGAGGUCGCAACUUUUCCCCGGACUAGAGCGCACCGCUGGGGCACUCCAAAGGGGAAGGGGCAGAAGCCCCCAGGAACUUCACAAACUUCUCUGGGGCAGACCAGAGGGAAAGCAGCAGCCUCAGCCCAGAGGAGGAUGUAGAGCCGCAGCCAGUGAACAAAACUGUGCCCUUCUUCCUCUCCACCCCACAUCGGACCUCUAGCCAGUCAUAGGGGCUGGAUGCUGCUCUUGGUCCCAGGACAGAAUGGGCUGGUCCUGCAGGUCGCUGGCUUAGCCCCUGGGGUGCCAACCCCAGGGACUGCGCCCUCUUCCAGCCCCCCGCUGCUGGAUGUCCUGCUUUUAACUCCAGAUUGUCCCUCAGAAAGGCGGCAGGGCUGGCCCUCACAGCCUCUCCCUGGCAAGCCCCUUCGGACUCUUCCUGCCCUCUGCUAUGGAUAGCCCAGAGCCCUACUCAGUGCAGGCCACUGCAGCCAUCGCAGCGGUCAUCACCUUUCUCAUCCUUUUCACCAUCUUUGGCAACGCACUAGUCAUCCUGGCCGUGUUGACUAGCCGCUCCCUUCGAGCCCCACAGAACUUGUUCCUGGUUUCUCUGGCUGCAGCUGACAUCUUGGUGGCCACCCUCAUCAUCCCCUUCUCACUGGCCAACGAACUGCUGGGAUACUGGUACUUCCGGCACACCUGGUGUGAGGUCUAUCUGGCCUUGGAUGUCCUUUUCUGCACCUCCUCCAUCGUGCACCUGUGUGCCAUCAGUCUGGACCGCUACUGGUCAGUGAGCCGUGCCCUAGAGUACAACUCCAAGAGGACCCCCCGAAGGAUUAAGGGCAUCAUUCUCACCGUUUGGCUUAUUGCUGCCUUCAUCUCGCUGCCCCCACUCAUUUACAAGGGUGACAAGGGCAAGAAACCUGGAGGCAGACCCCAGUGUAAGCUUAAUGAGGAGGCCUGGUACAUCCUCUCCUCCAGCAUUGGCUCCUUCUUUGCACCCUGCCUCAUCAUGAUUCUGGUCUACCUGCGGAUCUACCUAAUCGCCAAGCGCCGUAACCGCCAGGGUCCCCAUGGCAAGCGGGCCCCCGGUGACGGGGACACUAGGCCCUCUGGCCCCGGUGGGGCAUCUGCAAUAUCUAAGCUGCCACCCUCUGUUCUCCCAGCCGCAGGCGAGGCCAAUGGUCAUUCCAAGCCUCCUGGGGAGAGAGAGGGAGGGGAACAUAUUGGAGAUCCCACACCACCUUCCACACCUCCCAACCAGAGCUCUGUGGGGCCAGAGGAUGGCAGUCAUAGGCAGGAGGAGGAAGAAGAAGAUGAGGAGGAAGAAGAAGGGUGUGGGCCUCCAGCCCUUCCAACCUCCUCCUCUACCCAAGGAACCCCAAACUUUCAGCCUCCCCAGGGCUCCCAGAUGUUGGCCACCCUCCGGGGCCAGGUUCUCUUGGCUCGACAACCUGCUUCCUUGGGGCUGCAGCCAUGGAGGCGCAGGACCCAGAUGAACCGAGAAAAACGCUUCACCUUUGUGCUGGCCGUAGUGAUCGGAGUCUUUGUCCUCUGCUGGUUCCCUUUCUUCUUCAGCUAUAGCCUAGGGGCCAUCUGUCCCCAGCACUGCAAGGUCCCUCAUGGCCUUUUCCAAUUCUUCUUCUGGAUUGGCUAUUGCAACAGUUCCCUCAACCCUGUCAUCUAUACCAUUUUCAACCAGGAUUUCCGCAGGGCCUUCCGCAGGAUCCUUUGCCGCCAAUGGACUCAGACAGCCUGGUGAAUUGGGUGUCCCAGUGAGGGUCCUUGAACCUUCCCAGUUUUAUAUAGCGGAACCAUCGGUCUGGGUAGCUCCCAGUGGCCUUUUCUCUCUACCUGGUACCUGAUUGUAGCCCUAAGCUCUUUAAAUCCCCCUCUUCUUGAUCAGCUGGGCAGCCUUCUGAGGAGAGUAUUGUGUGGGGAUGUGUGUGUGUUUGUGAGUGUGUAUGUGUGUGUCCUGGAGCAUAAUUAUAUUUUACCAGUACUUGGUGGGAUGGAGCAUUUGCUUGGUGGAUGGAGGGUGAGGCCGAGUGAGAUAAGGAUCAGAGGCCAAAUCCUGGAGAAGACCUCCCAAUGGAAGAUCGAUGGCUUUUCCCCCCAGCCCUGCCGGUCUCCAAGCAAACUGGGUACCUUUCCCUUCUCAGGGAACCUGGCCUCCCCAGUUGGCCCUGUCUGAGUUCCCUGGGAGGACGCUUACCUGGGAAUGUUUCCAAAGAGCAAGGAAGGCCAGACUUGAACAUUUCCAGGGAAGGCAAGUUUCUGAGGCGGUAAUGGAGACAUAUCGUCACUCCCCAACAGUCCCCACUGUCCUGCAGGGCUCGGAGAAUUGCUGGUGGCUCCGUAUCCCCAGCGCUUCCCUUUUUUUCUGCCCUUCCUUUGGUUUGAGGCUUCUUUUCAAGAGAGCCUGUGCUUUUGUUCCUUCGACUAGCUCCCGGUGGGAGUCAGCACGCCCUGCCUCUGCUUCACCCGGUGAGCCUGGAUCACAGGUACUUCCCUACUUGGUGCCUCAGUCUCCCCCCUCUGCAAAAACCAGGGCAACAAUAGCUUGCCGCCUACUCGCAGAGAGAAGAUGAAAGGGUUUGCAAAAAAAGCUUUGAGCUCCGUGGGGGAACGUGCUAGAGAAACAGAGAAAUAGAAAAUGUGAUUAUCCGGUGAUAUAAAAAUCUCCUUUUCUCUGUGUUUACCACCACCUGUCUUCCUAUGGAAUUUAGUUCUGUGCCUGUGUUGUAUGAAUUCCUACCCCAAACCCGGAAGCCAAGAGAAAGAGAGAAGAGAGUCGCUCCCUCUUUUAAAGGGCUUCAUUGAAAAUGUGCUCCUCUUGCCUCCAAAGGUUUGAGUUCUUAUUUUGCAUGACAACUUCUUGACAUUUCACCUGAACACUAGGAGUUCCUUCUGCUUCCUUCUGUCCCCCAACACUGGAUAAGUCUUUUGUCAUCAGCCAGGCAAAUUAUUUCCUCCAAGAUGGCUAAAAAUACCCGGUCUGUGGGAACAAACUGAGAGGGAUGGGUGUCGGAGACUUCAGGGGAAUGAGGGCUGUACACUGGACUGGGCUGCCGUGGUCAGAGCAGGUGAGGGGAGCUCUGCAUGGCUUGUGGAAGUGCUAGGGAAGUCAGGUUCCCGGAGUCCAGGAUGCCCAGGCCUUAGGAACCUCGCCAUCGGGAUCAGUACCAUUAGAGAAUGAGUUUUGUGGUUCCACACCUCUGGGCCUGGGGAGUCUUAGAACAACUUAUCCUCUGCCCCCUUCCCAGUCUCUGAAUGUUUAGUACAACUGAGACUAUCUGAACGAUAUCCUCAGUGUCCUCCCAGGGGAGUGUCUGGCUAUCUGCCUCUAGUAAGAACUCCUGGUGUAAUGGACAACAGGAGCCCACUUGGCUACUGAAUUCCUAGAUGGUUGUGGGCACUUCUGUGGGUCUGGGUCUGACCCCUUCUGACACUUCUGUGGUCCUGACCUCACACUGGUGUCUCUGGGCAGCUUUGGUGCUGGGGAAGAAAAGAGGGGAAGUGAGGAGUGUCCCAGGCUUAGCGACGGGGGGCUGAGGGGAGACUAGAUAAAUGGGCACCACCAAGCCCAGAGAAAUGUCUUCUUUGGGAGGAGGGGCAGACUGGCCUUGACUGUAGCAGUCAGCAGGAAGGUGAGGGAUGUUCCCAGGAUGGAAACAUGACCACCAUCGUGGAGCUACAGACUGUGGGAGGGGACAGCCAGCAACCUAUGCUUUCUGGUCUUGUUAUUUGUGCCUGUGGCAUUCUCCUGUUUUGUCCUGACCCAGCAACGCCGCAUGCAGGUGUUUCUAAGAAGU